AAAUGUGCUACAAGCCAAACACGACUCUUUAUAAACGUAAUGAAAUAAGUUGUUUAUUCUCAACGACACCUAACGCCUCCAUUACCCAGUGUGCAUUGCGUAUUUUACGACUUUUGACCUCUGGAUAAAAACAAGCCGAUCAGCUGAUGUAAAAGCAACAACAUCUACAAGGUCUGAUGAAAAACAGCUCAGCUGGCUAACUGUGUGUGUGUGGCAGUCGGUGUAUGGUGUUGGUGUACGUGUCCGGUUUUAGACUGUGCUGAGGCAGCGACUCAGGCGUUGUCCGUCCGAUCAGUAGCCGCUGCUAAGUCAGUCGACUGAAAUGAAGGUAGCUUGUUUAGUCACAAGUGAGACUCUUUGUUUAGCUAAUAGUAGCUAGAGACUGGUAAUUGUUGAGUGAGUUAUAUAGCGCAUUUCAUGGGAUUUUGACCAGCAUUACAGCAACUUGUCAUCGUCUGUUGAGGUGUAACAUUAUUAAAAGAGGCAGCUAAUGUUGGUUAGCAAAUUGUUGUUCCAAAACAUAAAGUAAACACUAGUCGGGACAAGUGUGUUUGAAGCUGCUGCCUGCAUCGGAUUUACUUCAGACUGAACGUCCUCGUUAAAAGUAAGGAGUAACAAAGUCAACCGAACAUUUUAUUGUUUUUCUUGGCUGCAUUUUAAACUUUUAGAUAAUUUUAACAUAAAAAGUUGCAUCACAUCUGGUCUCAGACAUUUGUUCAACUGUACCAUGACCUUGUGUCUUCCACCUGCACUUCUUUGGCAGUCUUGAUAUUCUGAGUAAUAUUUAAAGUCACAGCUCCCCCUUUCUUAUCAGCAUCAUAGGUUGUGUCCUGUCCUGUCAGGUUUGACAUGAGUGGUCAAGGUUCAGCCAUAGAUAAAGGAAUGAACACGGUCCUAGUCUGUCAGGAGAGCUAUGCCUGUGGGGGCUCAGAUGAGGCUGCAUUUGAAUGUGAUGAAUGUGGCAGCUUGCAGUGUGCCCGCUGUGAACUGGAGCUCCAUAGGCAGGAGCGGAUGAGGAAUCAUGACCGGGUUCGGCUUGUACCCGGACAUGUUCCUUUUUGUGACUCCUGCAAAGGUGACAGCAGCUGCCCUAUGAGUGGUGGGCGGCUCAGAGCAGUGGUACGCUGCCAGGGCUGUAAGAUCAACCUGUGUUUGGACUGUCAGAAACGCACCCACAGUGGAGUCAACAAGAAGAAGCACCCACUGACACCAUACCCUCCGGUCAAAGCUCCUCAGGCGAGCAGCAUCAUGGCUGGGGAGUCAGAGAUGGACAUCCUGAAGGCCAAGCUGGAGAAAGUGUGCAGCUUCCUGUUGGUGGAUGAGAAGGAGGAGAUGCAGGUGAGGGAUGAGGAAGACUUUGUCAGUCGCCUGGGCUGCAGACCGGAUGAGCUCCUCAAAGUUGUCUCCAUCUUUGGGAACACUGGGGAGGGAAAAUCCCACACCUUGAACCACACUUUUUUCCUCGGGAGAGAAGUGUUCAAAACCUCACCCACCCAGGAGUCCUGCACUGUGGGUGUUUGGGCGGCUAUGGACCCUGUGCACUGGGUUGUAGUCAUCGACACGGAGGGACUACUUGGGGCUGGAGCCAAUCAGGGUCAGCGAACCCGGCUACUUCUCAAGGUCCUUGCCAUUUCUGAUGUGGUCAUCUACAGAACCCAUGCUGAUCGUCUCCAUGAUGAUCUCUUCAAGUUCCUGGGUGAUGCAUCUGAUGCCUACUUGAAACAUUUCAGCAGAGAGCUGAAGGCGACGACCAGUCGCUGUGGUCUGGAUGUCCCACUGUCCACCUUGGGCCCUGCAGUGAUAAUCUUCCAUGAGACUGUCCAUACCAAGCUUUUAGGAUCAGACAAGCCCUCUGAAUCAGCUGACCGUCUACUUCAGGAACGUUUCAGGAAACUGGGUCUAUAUCCAGAAGCGUUCAGUUCUAUCCAGUACAGAGGAACUCGGACCUACAACCCUCCCACAGACUUCAGUGGUUUGCUGCGCAGCCUGGAGCAGCAACUGGACAACAACACCACCCGCUCACCGCGUUCUGCCAGUGUCAUCUUCAAGGCUCUGCAGGCCCUGAGUGACCGUUUCAGUGGAGAUAUACCAGAUGAGCACUUGACCAGUAACUCUUUCUUUCCAGACGAAUACUUUACCUGUUCUAGCAUCUGCCUCAGCUGUGGCUCAGGCUGUAGGAGAAGCAUGAAUCACCUAAAGGAAGGGGACGACCACGAAGCCAAACAUCGCUGCCGCUAUUCUGCACAGUACGACAAUCGCAUCUACACCUGCAAGGUCUGCUACGAGGGAGGGAAAGAGGUAAUAGUUGUUCCAAAAACGACAGCCUCAUCUGACUCACCAUGGUUUGGUCUAGCCAUCUACGCCUGGUCUGGGUAUGUAAUCGAGUGCCCCAACUGUGCAGUGAUCUACAGAAGCAGGCAGUACUGGUAUGGAAACCAGGAUCCAGUGGAAACAGUGGUCAGAACAGAGAUCCAGCACAUCUGGCCUGGGUCUGAUGGCUUUUUGAAAGACAACAACAAUGCUGCUCAGCGGUUGCUGGAUGGAGUGAAAUACAUUUCUCAGUCAGUGUCUGAACUCAGCGUCAAGCCUGCCAAAGCAGUCACUUCCUGGCUUACUGACCAGAUUGCUCCUGCUUACUGGAAACCAAACUCCCUUAUCCUGAAAUGCCAUAAAUGUGCAGAAGAGUUCCAGCCCAAUGACACCAAGCACCACUGCCGUGCCUGUGGGGAGGGUUUCUGUGAUGCCUGCUCCUCCAAAUCCCGACCAGUUCCAGAGAGGGGCUGGGGUCUCGCACCCGUCAGAGUCUGCGAUGCAUGUUUUCACAACAGGGAAAUCUCAACUGAGUUACUGGAUGCUGCCCUGGAAGAAGAAGGAGGAACACUGAUAGCCAGGAAGGUUGGGGAGGCUGUUCAGAACACUUUAGGUGCUGUAGUUGGUGCUAUCGACAUCCCUCUGGGCCUGGUGAAGGACGCAGCUCGCCCAGCAUACUGGGUCCCAGAUCAGGACAUCCACUCCUGCUGCGAGUGUCAGAGGGAAUUCGCCCCCCGUCUCUCCAUCCACCACUGUCGUGCCUGCGGCCAGGGCGUGUGUGAUGACUGCUCUCAGGAACGGCGCUCCGUGCCCUCCCGUGGCUGGGAUCAUCCCGUGAGGGUAUGCAACGGAUGCAACCAGAAACCUGGGGAUCUCUAGCAGGACCAGGAGUGGGAGUUAGAGUGGAGAAUGGUUAAAGAUGCUAACUUUGAUGAAAACUGGAAUUAAAUUCACGUGGCCUUUGGCUGAAAGACUUCAUAUCCUUGUUGCUUUUAGUUGCUUGUCUUGGCUGCUGCCUGACUGUCUUUGUUUCAGUUUGGACUUUUUUUCCCGUGUAAUUUCAGUCCCUCAAUGCUAUUUUACUUUAAUAUGCCUAUUUUUUUACACUGUGAAGAAUACCAAUCAGAGUGAGACUUGAAUAUAGCUUGAAGAAGUGCUACUCAGAGAGAUUAUGAAAGUGAGUAUAGUUCAUUAAAUGCUUACUUUUGUUUGAGUUCAGGGAAAAAUGUCCAUGUGCCCCUUUAGACCUUUUUCAAUCUGUACUCAUGUACAUGAUGAAACCCUUAUCCGUUUGACAAUCCUUCUCAGUGUGAUAUACUAGGACUGUUAUAGCACCUUUUGUAGUAUGGGCCUCCAUAUGUAAACCAUAAUCGUAGAACUGAUUCCAGGAAAGCACUUUGUAGUCUAGGAAUGUCUCUGCAGGAGCCCUGGAUAUAACAUUUGGGACUGGAUCAAGAGGAAAUAAUGGAACAAUGAUCCACCACAAUUAUUUUGAUCCACGUUUGACAAAAUCUACUGUAGUUUUUCUCUACUGCAGCCUGACUUAGCUUUGGCUUUCCUGCCAUUUUUAAACCAGUGGGAAGCCACUGAUGUACUGUAGCACCAAGAUGCAUUCCAGCAUAUUUACUUGGUUAUAACAACUUACAAUAAGCCCUUUAUCCUUUGUGGUUGUUAGUAUAUUUGAAUGGAUGGAUGAUAAGAGGACGGCUUUAGUCACGCUGUCCAUGUUGACUGUUAAAACAUUUGCAUAGAUUAAACAUACAGUAUAUGGGGGAAUUGUUUCAUUUUAAAUGGCCUCAUUUGUUGAAUAUCUGUUAUUGAUGGGUCUGACUGCAGUGGGAUAAAAUAGAAUAUAACUGCUUUCACAGAGCUGGCUCACGAUAUUCUACAGAAAAGACUUUGAACUUCUAAGCAUCUUUUUGAGGCUGGCCCCUCAAAACAGGAGAUAAUUACAAGAGAACAAAACCUUUACCCCAUCAGCUCAGGCUGUGUAGAUUUCAAUAUGCUGCAGCACCAAGUGAGCAGUGACACCUUAUUAGUGCAACACAGUCGUCGUAGCAUUGUAAGGUCUGACUCAUUUGAUAGUAACCGGAUUUUUGUUUGUUGGAUGUCAACAAAUCAUGUGAAAGAACACCUGAUAUGUUGACAUCUGUGUACACCUUCAAUGAAUACAGAUAUAACACGGAACAAAUCAAUGCCUUUGUUCAUGUAUGCUCACAGUAUGUAUUAAACUGCAGAAACAAA